AUGGUCAACUUCCACAUCAGCGAGCCUCACCCAUCCGCCUCCGCCUACAUGUACUCCGGCCGUGGCGGUGCCGGUAACGCUAUGCGCAUCAAGACCACCGAGAUCACCCCGGGUCCCACGGCCACUGGCCCAGCCUCGCGCACUAAGCUCCCUCCCCCACCCACCAACGCCUUCUACGCUACCGGUCGUGGAGGCGCUGGCAACAUGAAGAGGUCUGAACGCGCCAUCUUCAGCUUCGACGAAGAGCUUCAGCAACAAGAGCGUCUCCGCACUCAACAAGCACCCGUCUACCACAUUGGCCGUGGCGGUGCCGGCAACCUCGUCGACGAGAUGAAGCCCCGAACUCAACGUCUCAACUCUGCCUCCUCAACCACCAGCGCCUCGAGCGUGGAGAGCGAGAAGGACGGCGUACGAAGGAGCGUUGAGCACGCGUGGCAGCGCCUAAGCAGGCAAUUCUCCCACCAGUAGACAAUCCGCCGACCGCCUUUCAACCCUUUUACUUUUUACGACCAUUUUGCUUUUUUAAUCAUCGUCACCAUCAUCAUCACUUGGCGUUCAUGCGUUCAUCACCCUCAUCACAUCGAUCGAGAGCUGGUUCUGAUUCUCUCAUCCAAGCAUUUCCACCAGCACGGCGUUUCCGGAACCUCUUCACUGUACAAAACAGUUCCCCAAAAAGUUACUUUUCUUUUCAACAACAACAACAACAACAACUACUACUACUACUACUACCACACUUUAACGAUCCUACGAUACACACACAUACACACUUUUAGAACCAUUGCGAGGAGCAUGAAGGCGCAUACUCUACACACCUCGGGUCUUCUACGUACAUCAACUAAAGCCACCCACCUUUCUUUUCUUGAUAUAUAUACCCGGAUAUGACACAUGGCCGAUAGCUUAUUUGCUCUGGCGAGAGAGGGCUUUGACGAUUCUUUCUUCCCUUCAAACACUGUUUUUUUCUCAUCUCUCUCUGCAUGGGAGAUGGGAGACGGUGGAAUAUACCCCCCUUCAAGCCUUAGCAUGGCUUCUUUUGAUAGUCCCAAUUGAAACAUUCGAAUCUUCA